GAAACUGUGCUUUCUCAGCAUGCAAUGUAGGUCAGUGCUGCCGGCAGUCGCUGCUGCUGCUCGCUGUGACCAGCAGUGGAGCUGCGAUGGGUCCCCGUCCCAUUGCCUUGGGGCAGCAGCCCCACUCCUGAUGUCAGCGCUCGGCUCCCGAAUGCUCCUGAGCCCGGUAACCAUCUGCUUGUAGGGCUGGGACGGCUUCUUUCUGCUUUGCUUUUUGCUUUUCAUCUAUUCAGCAACAGGGUGCAGGGGGAUUUGUAACAGAGAUGGGAUCAAAGAGACUUAUCUGGAGAUGAGACCACGCUCUCGUUCCUUCUGGCUUUCAAGUUUGCAAGUGCAGUAAAUUGGACCGAAAAUGUGAGCAUAAGAAAUGCCCCGAGGAGCAGAGCUGUGGCUUCAUGCUGUAACUGGCUGCUGAGGUGUGCGGGCGGCUGGGAGGCCUCCAGAGCCCCUCCCUGGGUCGGCUCGGCGCCGGGCUGCUCCUUAUGAACGCUCUCACUGUGCUCGAAGCAAAUGAGGUCAGCGCAUCCAUCCCGAAGGCCAUGCCCCACGCAGGCAGCAGCAGCAGCCCAGGUCCUGGCGGGAGGCGGAGAGGCUUUCGUGCUCCAUAUCCUGCUCUGCAUCCUGGGCAGAGGUGCUGCCCAAAUCAGGUGCCUGGGGCACGUGAGGAUCGAGCCGGGCUCAGUGGUGCCGAUGGGUUCCAACGUCUCCAUCACCUGCGUCUCGGCACUGACCUGCCCGCGGGUGAACCUGUCCAUCCUGCUCAACCUCACAGCCCCCGAGAGUCCCCCACGCCCUCUCAACAGCAGCGCGGCCCAGCUGCAGCUGCGUGGCUUCCGCCUGCCCUUCAGCAUCAUCACCUGCCUCGCCCGCUGCUCUGACAGCUACUGGAAGAAGGUGGUCUGUGGGACGGAGCUCUGGGCCGGCUACCCCCCAGAUCCCCCUGCCAAUCUGAGCUGUGCCAUCCCCGAGCGCUCAGGGAGCCUGGUAUGCACGUGGGACGCCGGGCAGCCGACACUGCUGCACACCAACUACAGCCUCCACCUGCGCAGCACACAGACGGCGCAGGAGGAUGUGUUCCCCACGAGCUCACCGGUGCCCUUGAGUGCACUGAACAGCAGCAGUCACUACCUGGCGUGGGUGCAGGCCAGCAAUGCACUGGGCAUGGCACGCUCAGCCCCUCAGCACCUCGACCUGCAGCAGCUGGUGGUGCCCACUUUGCCUGUGGCCGAGGGCGCGGAGACGACUGUGGGGUCAGCUCCCACCACCACCAUCCAUUGGCAACAGCAGACGGAGCUGCAGGACGUGCACUGCGAGGAGCGGCACAAGGCUGCGGGUGCUGCAGAGUGGCAUGUGACAGCAUGGGACAGUGCAGUGCAGCAUGGACACCAGCUUCAGAGUGCAACCUGCUACGUGUUCCAGGCUCGGUGCCGGCUCAGCGCUGCUGGCAGCCCCUGGAGUGCUUGGGGCCCGUCCUUCACCUACAGCACACCUGAGGCUGCCCCCGCGGCGGCUCCCGACGUAUGGCGGCGGCUGGGCCGGCUGUUUCCCAACGGCAGCCACGAGGUGACAGUCUUGAUCAAGCCGCCCCGCGAUGCCGGCGCCCCCAUCCUGGGUUACAUGGUGUGGGCUGGAGCCUCGCGUCCCGUCUGCAACACGUCGAGCACCGCCUGCAGCCUCCUCCUGCCUCCAGCGCUGCGCGACCUCCGCGUCACCGCAUACAACGCCCGGGGGGCGUCCAGCCCCGCCCGCCUGACGCUCCGCCGGGACCCCAGCCCGGAAGCCUUCCCACCACCCCUGGCUGUGGAUGUGCAGCGUGAGAACCAGAGCACCAUCUCCGUGGCCUGGCAGCCCCCCCGGCACAGCGGGACCCCCCCACUCUGCUUCAUAGUGGAGUGGGUUUGUACAGCUCUGUACAGCCACGAGGAAGAGUUCUUUUGGAAGAAAGUCCCAGGCCAGGACACCCACACCUACAUCCAAGAGGACACAGCAGCAGGAAGCCACAUCAAUGUGUCAGUGUAUGCAGUCUACCCAGAUGGAGCAAGCAAGCCAAGCUCUGGCCACGUUUCUUCAGAGGACCAGAUGUUGGGCAUCAUCUACCAGGAGGAUUUGCAUGAUGCUGACAUCAGGUUUCCCCUGGGAAUGGCCGUCACCAUGGUCAUAUUAUCGGUGGUUCUGGUGAUUCUGAUGUUUAAAAAACCAGCUCGAAAAAGAAUGAAGGCAGCAGUGGCGCUGCUUCUGCCAAAAUGGCUGCUUGAAGAUUUCCCCCACAUGGAGAACAGCAAGGUGAUAAAGUCCUUCCAGGACAAGAGUGACUCCAUAAGCAGCAUUUUCAGAGAGCCGUUCCCGGAUAACAGUGACCCCACAAUCACGGAGAUAAAAGAGCUGCCAGGGCAUGAGAAAUACAGGAAGGUGGACAUCAAAAAGGAACCCAGCAAGGUGGUCCCUGAGAACAUGGAGCACCCACAGAGCUCAGCAGCUCCCUGUACCAUGGCCACAGAGCAAGUCAGUGACUACAAACCCCAAAUCUCUGAUGCAAACACACUAGGAUACGUAGCUGCCAACAUUGGCCUAAUGCAGCCCUACACAGCGGCUCCAGAACCAGAGACAAAUAUUUUCUUCAGAGACUACAGCAGCCCUUUCAGCUACCAGUGGGAUGCUGAAGGAGCUGAAGGGCCCCAGGUCUGCCUGCUGGACAAGAUCAACCUGGUUCUAAACAAUGACAGAAGUGGGCAAAACCGCGCAUUCAGCUCCGCCCAGGAGGAACAAAAUGCCCUUUUGGAAAGUCAGUGGGGAAAAUCACUGUACAGUGAAGGCGUUCAGGAACAAACCUUGGUUCCAGAUGAGCUGGUUUCUUGCUUAAGGGCAAUGAAUGGAGGAUCUGUGGAUGUACAGAGCUGCUUUCCGCAGAGCAUCGGAAGAUUGUUGGAAGAAAAACUGUGAUUUCAGCCCACAGACCUGUGGCAAUAUGAUUGUGACACGUAUCUGCCUUUGAGAUUGCAAACAUCAGAGCUGGAACAGAACUCCAAACCCAAAACUCUCCCCUUAACUGAGUGCAGAUGGCUUUGGAUGCAUGGAACGCCUUGGCCAGUAAAACAUCGCUUCAGUUUUACCUCAUGUUUUUACAAACACAAAAACGUGAGCUUGGAUUUCUGUGGGAAUUGAAAUAUAAAGCAGGUGAUUCUUAUGGGAUGCAUUCAACUUCAAUUAGCCUAAGGUACCCUCUUGUUAAAUAUACAGAACAUGUAAUAGCUGGAGCUGAUUGCAAGAUGGAUAGAACCAUCCCUUAGGUAUUCUGGCUGAGCUGUGUAAAAUAGCUGGAGAUCACCCAUAAUGAAGAGACACUACAAUGAGGACAAUUUACACAUCAUGAGCAGCCAUGGAUACCAUAUGAAACCUUUUCUGCUUGACAGAAUAGCCCUAUUUCAUUUUCCUUUCCAUCCAAUAAGAAGAAAUACAUCACAUAAGAACAAACCUUCAUCAUCUUGGUCUGCCAGCUGAUUGAAUAUCUCUGUCUACAUUUAUCACUGGGCAGAGUCUUCAUUUUGGAUGAAGGAUUUAUCAUCUCACGUCAGUCUGUCUGCAGUUUGGCUUUGCUGCUCCGUAAGAAGCAGAACGUGGCAGAGUCUCCUUCCUGCUGAGUGGUCUUGAAAGCAGCUAAAAGUUCACCCAGGAUGUCAAGGUAGCCUUGCAAGGUCCUCCAGAAAGCAGAAACACCCUGGGAAUGUGAGAGGUUGGAUUAUUGCCACUUCUUUGACUGAUCACCCCAACCUUCUACAGAAAUACUUGAAAUGCUCUGCAGGAAUGAAAGAAGUUUACUGAGCCCCGUAGAAUAGCUGAGCAUUCCAUCAGCAAUGCUCUCCCUAAGGUUUGCUCUGCUGGGCCUUCUCUCCUACCCCUUAUCACUGCAAAGACCACUUUUAUGCCAGAGCUGCAUCAGGACGUGGCAGAGCUGCAUGCUCAGGGUGGGCAGGAGUUAGUGCCAUGCGGCCAGCACUGCAUGGGGCUCAGGCUGGAGCAAGGGGAGGACAUUGGCCCUGAAGCCUCCUCCGUGCUGCUCAGAGCAGGACCUGGGGCACUGCAGCACUGCUAACAAUACACAGCACAAAGGAGCUUCUGAACCACGUACCAGUAUGACCCAUUUCCAUUCACUGAGGUGUCUGUGCAUCUCACACAGCUCUGGGUAAUGGAGCUGGCUACACACGUGGCAGGGAAUGCACACAGGGGGUUAUUUUGUAAGGCUGACAUUAACAAAAUGGCAAACAGAAAAAAGGCAAAAAGAUCACCUGCCUGCAUUACCAAACCAAAGGCUGUUAAACAGUCAUAGCAAGACUCAGUUACGUUCAUAUAAGACCUACAAGGCUAAGAUAAAUGCUAACCUACAUGUAAUUAGUUGUCUACUGUUACCCACUUGUGAGUGUUGGCAGUAAAACCCAGAGAUGGUCAUUUUCCUUGUGAGUGUUGCUAGGCAAUGUGUCAUGUAGUCCUGGGCACCUUUAAGCCAAACCAGUUGUGUGCUGUGGUUAUUUCCUCCUGGCAAUAGAGCUCUGCCAUCUGUCACUUCCAUUCACAGGGCAGCACAUCACCUGGGAAGAUGGGAUAGGUCUGCUCUGAAGAAAUAGCAAGGCUGUUUCCAAGCCUGAAAUGUCACUCUCACAUGUAAGCUAGUCUAAAAUUAGUGAUUGCUGCCUGUGCAGGAAGGAAAUUGUAAGAGAACAGCCACACAACCAGCAGCCAGAAUGUGAGGUGUGGAAGGUGCUGGUUUUUUUUUAAUGUCCACAUCCUGAGACUCGAGCUGCCUGUGUUACCUGCGCUACCACAACCCGCGGGGUGUUUGUGCUGCGUGGAAAAGCUCAUCCUUUCAAACACCAGGACUGAAAGCGCGGCCUUACCUUGCAGGCUGCUGGCUGAAGGCUGCCACACUGGGAGAGAUGCCUGUGAGCAUUUCCAUGGUCAGGAGGAUGUUGGUUCCUUCCCUGUUGAACACACCGGGGUUUGGGGCCAAAACCUUCGCCCCUCUGUCACCAUGGAUGUAUUAACAGCAGAGCUGCCCUCAAGUUCCACUGGGGCUGAAGGAUUUGUCUCCUUUUGUGGGUGAAUGGUGCAACCAGAAAACAUGGGCAGGUUACCAGGAGAAAACGGAAGGAGAAGGGCAAAAAAAUAUAUACAGUCCUGCUCCACCUGUCCCUUUUAACCCACGUAGGCAGUGGUAACGGAUUGGGUCUGAACAGAUGCCUGCAGUGCCUGCCUCUGGCAGUGAGUGCUCUGGGCCAUGAGGACAGCCCUCAUGUUGUGAGUAGCCCAGUGCCACGCUGUGACCUCAGCUCCACAUCUGACUUGUUAGAUUUGCUCUUUGCACUGCUUUUUGUCUCUGCCUGCUUUGACCUUACAAAGGUCUUUUCAUCAAGCCGGGCCUUCUUUCCACUAAGUGCGGCACUUAGUGGUAAAACCCAGCAUCCUGAGUGCCAGGAAUUGAAGUAGCUGUCGCGCAAACGCAACACCAAGAUCCUUGUAACGGGAAACCUUGAACACAUGGAUGGCUCAGCAUUUGUAAUCAAAUAACAAUGACGUUCUUAACACACUUA